GCGGAGCUCCGGGCCUGUGUGUCCGCGCGGCGCCCUUCGGUUCCGGGGCCACGCGCCCCGCGGCGGCCGCCAUGGAGGAGCCCGGAGCGGCGGUGGUCUCUGCGGGGGAGGCCGAACUGAACAUGUCCCGCCUCAACGUGUCCCCCGAGACGCUGGAGUUGGAGCUGGAAGCGCGGGGCGAGGAGCGGCGCGGCGCACGGGAGGCGCUGCUCCGGCUGCUGCUGCCUCAUAACCGUCUGGCGUCGCUGCCGCGGGCGCUGGGCAGCGGCUUUCCACACCUCCAGCUGUUGGACGUGAGCGGCAACGCGUUGACCGCGCUCGGGCCUGAGCUGCUCGCGCUGAGCGGCCUGCGAACGCUGCUGGCCAAGAACAACCGGCUCGGAGGGCCCGGCGCGCUGCCCAAGGGCCUGGCCCAGUCGCCGCUCUGCCGCAGCCUCCAGAUGCUCAACCUCAGCGGGAACUGCUUCCAGGAGGUGCCCGCCUCGUUGCUGGAGCUGCGCGCGCUGCAGACCCUUAGCCUGGGCGGCAACCAGCUGCAGAGCAUCCCGGCCGAGAUCGAGAGCUUGCAGAGUUUAGAGUGUUUAUAUCUUGGAGGAAACUUCAUCAAAGAAAUCCCGCCAGAAUUAGCAAAUCUGCCUUCUCUAAGUUACUUGGUAUUAUGUGACAACAAAAUCCAAAGUGUGCCUCCUCAGCUUUCACAGUUGCAUUCACUUCGUUCCCUCAGUCUUCACAAUAAUUUACUGACGUACCUGCCUCGAGAGAUCCUCAACCUUAUUCAUUUGGAAGAAUUGAGUUUGCGAGGAAAUCCAUUGGUUGUUCGUUUUGUUAGAGAUUUAACCUAUGACCCUCCAACUCUCCUGGAAUUAGCUGCACGGACCAUUAAAAUUCGAAAUAUUUCUUACACUCCCUACGAUCUUCCUGAGAAUCUUCUUAGGUACUUGAGUUUAGCCAGCAACUGCCCAAACCCAAAGUGUGGAGGAGUCUACUUUGAUUGCUGUGUCAGACAAAUUAAAUUCGUGGACUUCUGUGGGAAGUACCGCCUUCCUCUGAUGCACUACUUAUGUUCCCCAGAGUGCUCUUCCCCGUGCAGUUCUGCCUCUCACAGCUCCACAUCCCAGAGCGAAUCUGACUCGGAGGAUGAAGCUAGUGUUGCUGCACACAGAAUGCAGAAAGUUCUUCUUGGUUGAAAAGAAUGCAGGGUGGUGUGAAACACUAAAAGAACUGAGCAAAGGUGGUUAGAAAAGAAAAUAGACUUUGAAGUUCAUUGGAAACUGUAUCUUCAUCUUGAAUGUCUGUGAAAGAGUUAGAGAUGACAAAAGCUUUGUAUUUCAUCUUCCUAUUCAGCAGGAAUGAGUCCGGUUCCAUGUUUGGAUUCUUUGAAUAUAAUUCACUCUGAAUGGCAGUAUCAAAUUUAGCUGAUUCUUUUCAAUUUUCACUCAAAUUUUGCAUGAAUCACACAGCACAGUGGAGCAUUCUGAAGAGCAGUAUUAUAAUAAA